CCCGGCUGGCGGGGGCAGAUUCAUUCGGGAGCUGGAGCCUGGAGCUAGAACAAGGUGUCUACCGUUGGCGCGACGUCUCUGCUGAUUGGCUGGCCCUCGCCCCACCCCACCCCCACGUCGCGCCCCGCCUCGCCCUCUGCGUCGCCUUAGGCUCGCCCCCGGGUUCUCCCUUCCUGACCCCUGGCCGCGGUUUACCGGCCCCCGCGCCGCGGUAGCUGUGUGCUGCUUGUCCCGUGGCAGCUCCAGCACGGCCAUGGGGUCCCGGGCCUCUACGUUAUUGAGGGACGAAGAGUUGGAGGAGAUCAAGAAGGAGACUGGCUUUUCCCACAGUCAAAUCACCCGCCUCUAUAGUCGGUUCACCAGUCUGGACAAAGGCGAGAACGGGACUCUCAGCCGGGAAGACUUCCAGCGAAUCCCAGAACUUGCUAUCAACCCACUGGGGGACCGGAUCAUCAAUGCCUUCUUCCCAGAGGGAGAGGACCAGGUAAACUUCCGUGGCUUCAUGAGAACUUUGGCUCACUUUCGACCCAUUGAAGAUAAUGAAAAAAGCAAAGAUGUGAAUGGACCAGAACCACUCAAUAGUCGGAGCAACAAACUUCACUUUGCUUUUCGACUAUAUGAUUUGGAUAAAGAUGACAAGAUCUCCCGUGAUGAGCUACUGCAGGUGCUGCGCAUGAUGGUUGGCGUGAAUAUCUCGGACGAGCAGCUCGGCAGCAUUGCAGACAGGACCAUCCAGGAGGCUGACCAGGACGGUGAUAGUGCUAUUUCCUUUACAGAGUUUGUCAAGGUUUUGGAGAAGGUGGAUGUUGAACAGAAAAUGAGCAUUCGAUUUCUCCACUGAAGGACUUAAGACCAAACUGGCCCUUGCUGUCCACUAUUUUAAGAACUGGAACGUGAGAGUCUGCCUGUCCACCAGCCCCACCUCCACCCGCUACUCCCUUAUCCCGGAAUACUAUAACUGUUGCAUGACAACCCCAAAUAUAUUCUGUCAACACAA